UGCAUGAGCAGCGUAUAUAAGCGUUAGGGCAAAGCCGCCCAAGUCAGUCGAAUCACGACCAAACUCGAGCACGUGCUGCACAGCGCGAUAAAAGAAAGGAAUUGAAAAACCUUAAAGAUGCGUGCGACGGCGUUGCUGCUGUUAGUGCUGGGUGUUAUUUAUCUGAAAGAUGCGGCAUCACAUAUCCUGCCAGUGGCUGGCACCUAUUUGUUGCCACAGCAAGCGCUGGCACCUGUGGUGCUUCUGGUCGCAGCACCACCAGAAGAUGAUGGCACGUAUAAGCCACCGUUAGGUGUAGACGACGGUUUAUGGAAGCCACAGCCGGGACUAGAAGGCGAAUAUAUCCCUGACGGAAGCGAGUCAAGCGCUGGAAGUGAUAGUAGUUCAAGUGACACUUCAUCGACAGGCUCCGAAGGCGAAGCAGGAAGUGAGGCUGGCGAGGCUGGUGGUGCAGGUGGUAGCGGUGGCGCAGGAGGCGCUGGAGGUGUUCUUGGCGGUAGCGGUGGUAGUAGUGGUAGCGGCGGCGGGGGAAGCGCUGGAGGAGGUGGCGCUGGUGGUGGCGGUGGUGCUGGAGGCACAGCUGGUUCCGGGGAGAGCGGACAAAAUGGUCAGCCUGGUGCUCCAAGUCCAGCUGGACCUCAACCAGAUGGAGAAGAUGGCGCCGAUGGUCCAGAUGGCCCCGACGGCCCAGACGGCAGUAAGGGCGGAAAGGGCGGAAAAGGUGGCAAGGGUGCACGCAACGGUGCUGGCGGAGGCGGUGGUGCGGGUGGUGCUGCGCCACAGCCACCGGUACCUGCGCAGCCCGCUCCAGUUUGGGCCGAGCCAGAGCUUCAAAUUGUACAACUCCAUUAAACAGUACCGCCAGUUCGGAAGUAGCUUUCAGCUGUUAAUUUCUUUUUUGUUAUACGAAGUUUAUAUUAAUAAGUUCUUGCCAGCUGAUCCAUGUUUAAGGACAAAUGAUAUUGCUUUCGAUCCUUUCUUUAGUUAGUUGGAACAUUAUCUUAAAAACUAGACAAAUUUGUUAAGUUAACUUGUUCGUUUGAACUUAGUAUUAGGUCUAGUCAAAAUAUUUGUAUAUGCUUUAAGCACGCAAACGAAUAUUAAAAUUCGAUUAUCUGCAAAUGCA